AUGAAAGAGGAAAACGUUCACGCCUCCAAGUUUCGGGAGGCCAAGCCCUCACAGGGCAAUCCCUCUGCGCCCGUGUCUGAAUUGUUCAGUCUUGCCGACCGCACCAUUAUCAUUACUGGAGCAAGUGGGUUUUUGGGCACGACAGUUGCUCAGAGUGUCAUGGAGAGCGGCGGUGAUGUCGUGUGCCUUGACAUUAUGGAUUCUCCGAAAUCAGCUGAAUGGUCGGCGGUCGAGGCAGCGGCUUCAAAAUUUCAGUGCAACUUGACCUACUACCAAUGCAAUGUCCGAGACGCUUCUGGAAUCACCGACACGUUUGCAAAAUUUGUGCCGACGCUGCGCAGUCCCAUCCGAGGCCUUGUCGCCUGUGCUGGUGUUUCCGAUAAUGGGCCUGCGACGGACUUUCCGGCCGAGUCUUUUCGCCGGCUUUUGGAUAUCAACGUGACUGGCACGUACUUGGUCGCCCAGGCCGUGGCCCGGGAAGUGAUCAAGACGGGUGUCUCGGCCAGUCUGGUUUUGGUUGCUAGCAUGAGCGGCCAUGUCUCCAACAAGGGAGUUGAUACGGCUGGCUACAACUCGUCCAAAGCUGCUGUCCACCAGCUCGCUCGAUCAUUGGCGGCCGAAUGGGGCUCGCGGAUAGGUAUACCACUAAUUCGUGUCAACUCGCUAUCUCCUGGUUAUAUCCGAACUGCGGCAACGGCAGAGGCUUUGAAAAAACCUGGUAUGGAGAGUCAAUGGGUUGGCGAUAAUAUGCUGUACCGUCUCAGUACCGUAGACGAGUUCCGAGCACCCAUUCUUUUCAUGCUGGGCGAUGGUAGUAGUUUCAUGACGGGUGCUGAUUUGAGGGUAGAUGGUGGUCAUUGCGCAUGGUAA